UUGUGUGUCACUCUAAUCCCCCGUGCCUGGGACAUUUCCUGCAUGCAACCUGCAGUCGGCGCAGACAGUCAUGGAGGACGGUGUGCGGAGAAGGAUGUUGCAGUCAGCCGUGUGUCUUCCAGCCGUCCAUCUGCAAAGUCUGUCUGAGCUGGAGAGAUUCCGCCUGCAGGAGAUCGCCCUGGGCAACCUGCGGGAGCGAGGGAUGAGCGCCGCGCUAAAGCCGGGUUGGCCGAGUGCCAGGAAAUUGGAGAAACGCAGACAAGACCGAAGAGAUUCCCCACAUGGAGUAUUCGGAGUGCCCCUGUCGUACGUCAUCGCACAGGACCGCGCCGAGCGCCAUCGCUCCAACCUGAGCCGGAACCGCAGAGCGUUUGCAGAAGUGGAGAGCACCGUCCUUAGUUUCCGGGCCCAAUCAGGACGAGCGCCAACCACGGAGGCCUUGCUGGAGUAUUCAGUCUCCUCCACGUUUCGCAAUAGUUUUCCUCAGACAAGACGGGGGGCUCUUUCCGUGGAAUCCAUAACAGAGCUGGACGAUGGAGAAGAUCGUCUACUUGAAGCCCUCCAGUUGUCCCAUUCCGAAGAACUGAGCUUUCAACAUAAGAAUAGCGGCACCCUUCGUUUAAGUUUAAAUCCCAUCUACAGACAAGUUCCUCGCAUCGUGGAGAGAUGUUGUUCUUAUAUGGAGCAGUAUGGCCUUCAGACGGUGGGAAUCUUUCGUAUCGCUGGUUCGAAGAAAAGAGUAGAACAGCUUCGAGAAGAGUUUGCAAAUUGCGGUGACGUUCUCCUUGGAGAAGACACGUGUGUCCAUGACAUAUCUGCAGUGCUCAAGGGGUUUCUGAGGGACUUGCAAGAGCCUCUUCUACCUCAAGAAUUAUAUACAGCGUUCAUGCAAGCUGCAGGGUUGGAUCCCCAGGAAAGAAUAAACAUUCUUCAGCUCCUGAUUUUUGCCUUGCCCCCAUGCAAUGCCGAUACAUUGCUCCGUGUCUUGAAGAUGCUGCAUAUAGUAUCGCUCCAUGAGAAGGACACAGUCAGUCUUGCAGGAGACCAGAUUCCUGGAAAUAAAAUGUCGACUGCCAACCUUGCCACGGUAUUUGGUCCAAAUUUGCUGCAGAACCAGAAGAGUUUGGUGGACGAAAAGCAAAGCUUCCUGGACAGCGCAUCUCAGAUCACGGUGACGGAGUCCAUGAUAAAGCAUCACCAAACCUUGUACACAGUUCCCCCCAAUACACAUAGUGAAAUAAUGAUACGGCUAUUGCAGACAGAUCCAGAAGUUGUAGAUUACUUAUUGCGGCGUAAAUCCUCAGACCCUCAGAUGCUGAAUGAGGAGGAGGAAGAGGAGGAGGAGGACGUGACAGAACAUGAAAGCCAGCACUCCAUAGUUCACUUCUCACCGACUGGCCACACCAAGAUUGAAACAAUUGUGAAGAUACAGAAAACUAAAGGAAGAACAGGGGGUCGGGAGAAUUCGUUGCGGUUAACGAGGCGCCGGAUGUCUCGUUCGCAGGAGAAUCUGACGGAGGUGCCUGCUGUCACACCUCACAAAGGCCCAUUGCCCCGAUUCUUGCACCCCUCUUUCAUGGUUCCCCCUUUCCAACUAAAUAAAUGAUAUUUAUGUCAUGAU